GCAGCUUACUCGCAGCAAGUGGCAUGGCAACAACAGCGCUGUCCAACACCGCACGAUUUCUACCCGAAUAUAAUGGUGUGCUGAUAUAUUGUGAUUAAACCCCAAUUUUUGUCGUCCCAGAGCGCCGUACUGAAAUGUUUUGAUCCAGCUACAGUUAAAAAAAGUGCACACCAAUUAGAAGAACCAAUGAGUGCAUAAAAAUCACGCAAAUAAGAAUCAAAAGCCAACCAUUUUUUUUAAACAGUGUGUCGUAGUGUCCGUCGUGUGCGUUGGUGUUGGUGCGUGUGUGCGUGCGGCUGCUAGUGUGAGUGUUCCGUCGAAUCGCGAAAUCGAGAAUAUAGAAAGAUGUGCUCCAUUCGCUGCUGGUGAGCUAUAGCUAUAGCUAUAUCGCGAACGGGGAGCGAGUAGUCCGCAGCCCGGAAUCCAGAUCCAUAUCCAUUGAUUCUUUCGCCGCUGCAGCAUCCGCAGCGCAAGAAUUCCGACCCAUUGAAAACCCCACAAGACCCACAAAAUGCAACCAUCACCGCUCCACUACUCGACGAUGCGGCCACAGGCGCCCGGAUCGCUGGUCGAUCCCAACGAGGAGGAGCUGCGCAUGGCCCCUUGGUACUGGGGCCGGAUAUCGCGGGAGGUAGCCAAGAGCAUCCUGCACGGAAAGCCGGACGGCAGCUUCCUGGUGCGGGACGCGCUCUCGAUGAAGGGCGAGUACACCCUGACCCUGAUGAAGGACGGAAGCGAGAAGCUGAUUAAGAUAUGCCACAUGGAUCGCAAGUACGGGUUCAUCGAGAAGGACCUCUUCAACUCGGUGGUGGAGAUGAUCAACUACUACAAGGAGAACUCUCUAAGCAUGUACAACAAGACGCUGGACAUCACGCUGAGUAAUCCCAUUGUGCGCGCCCGUGAGGAUGAGGAGUCGCAGCCGCACGGGGAUCUCUGUCUGCUGAGCAACGAAUUCAUCCGGACCUGCCAGUUGCUCCAGAACCUCGAGCAAAAUCUCGAGCAGAAGCGGAACUCCUUCAAUGCGAUUCGGGAGGAGCUGCAGGAGAAGAAGCUGCACCAGAGCGUAUUCGGGAACACAGAAAAGAUAUUCCGCAAUCAAAUCAAGCUCAAUGAGUCCUUCAUGAAGGCGCCAGCGGAUGGCCCCACCCCGGAGCCUGGAGCAGCCGGAGAUGGAGCUAACGCAGCCGCAUCCGCUGCGGCCAAUGCCAACGCCCGCCGGAGUCUGCAGGACAAUAAGCAGACGCUGCUCAACCUGCUUGAUGCUCUCCAGGCCAAGGGGCAGGUCCUCAACCAGUACAUGGAGAACAAGAAGAAGGAGGAGCUGCUGCUCGAGCGACAGAUCAACGCCCUGAAGCCGGAACUGCAGAUACUGCAGUUGCGCAAGGACAAGUACAUUGAGCGCCUAACGUGCUUCAACCUCAAGGACGAGGAUCUGAAGAUGAUAUUGCAGAUGGGUUUCGAGAAGUGGCAGCAACGUUAUGACACAGUCUCCAACCAGCCCCACAGCAACGAGGCCCUCUGGCUGCUGAAGGAUGCCAAGCGGAGGGAUGCGGAGGAGCUGCUGAAGGGUGCGCCAUCGGGCACCUUCCUCAUUCGAGCAAGGGAUGCGGGUCACUAUGCUCUGUCGAUUGCCUGCAAGAACAUCGUGCAGCACUGCAUAGUUUACGAGACGAAUACCGGCUUCGGAUUCGCUGCCCCUUACAACAUAUAUGCCACGCUGAAGAGUUUGGUGGAGCACUAUGCCAACAACUCGCUGGAGGAGCACAACGACACGCUGACCACGACAUUGCGCUGGCCCGUCUUGUACUGGAAGAAAAACCCGCAGCAAGUGCAGAUGAUCCAACUGCAGGAGGAGAUGGAUCUGGAGUACGAGCAGGCCGCCACACUGAGGCCGCCGCCAAUGGUGGGCAGCAGUGCGCCAAUUCCCACGAGUCGGUCCCGUGAACAUGACCAGGUAGAUGGAGGAGCUGGAAGCCUCGAGGCGGAGGCGGCGCCGAGUUCCAUUUCGCCCUCCAACUUCAGCACAUCGCAGUAGGAGCCGCGCAUCAAAUCGCCCGCUGAACGAGCCCUCAACCUCAGGCUAGCUAUCUAUCUCUCUAAUUCUAGCUUGCUCUAAAGCCCUAACUCUCUCUAUCUCUAGAUAUAAACGCGGUUGCGGCCCAAAUAAUAGCACUGCCUAAUAGCACUCUGUCGCAAGGCUAGAACCUGAUAUGCCAGUAUCAUUCGAUUAUUAGUAUGACUCAAAAGUCAAACAUUUUCUAUAGAGUGGUUUUCGAUUACCCCAGCAUGUAUUCAGAUUAGUAAUUUAGUCCUUACUGCCAAUAUAAUAUUUUUAUCUGAAAAAGGGCUCCUUGUCACAACGCUAUUUCCACACUGGCUGUUCAAGCGACUCAAGUUUCGAUAUCGAGAAUUAAGAAUUGAGAAUGAGAGCCGAAGUAACACGCGUUACUAAGUGUUACAAUGGCAAUGCUAUUAUUUCGGCCAUCGCCGAUUGUGUACAUCAGCAUAUAUAGGCUAUAUAUAUCUGUGCAUGAUUAUUUUUUGUGUGUGAUGGAUGGCGCUGGCAGUUUAACUGUCCUCCGCCUUCCCCUCCAGAAUUAGACGGCUCCAGAAACAAAAAGAAAAACGAAAGCAAAAACAGAAACAGAAAAAACGUUUUUGGUGAUCAUGUUUAAAAGCUUGCUAGAAGCUCAGUGUAGAAGAACGAAAUUUUCUAAUUGGAAAACUAAUCUUAUUAACAUACGAGUAAGAUUAAUUUUAUAUAAACAUACUUUUUGUAAUACUGCAUUUCGCGUGAUAAUUGAUAAGUCGAGCUAUCUGUUGUUGUACCAACGCCCUAUCCCGUAUCCAUUAUAAAUAUUGUUAUUACGCUGCGCGUUCUCUGAAGGGGCGGGGUAGGAUCGUGAAGAAAUUUUCUGCAUUUCUUCAGCACAUUUUGUCGUGUUCAUGUAAAUAUUCUAAAAUCGAUGGAUCGAAACAAAGAAGCACACGCUUGCAAAACGUUUGCGAAAUCGGGUUAAGGUUUUGAUAGCCUAGCCGCAACAGCUUUGGGGCCCCACCCCUUGCUCUAAUAUUUGUUGUUAUAUUAUAACUGAUUUAAAGUAGUUUUAGGUAAGAUCUACGUACGUUUACUCGAUGUGAUCAGUUGAUUGUUGCUAACGUUAACGUUAAUUUUCCUUCAAUUUUUUGUCAUUUUUUUUUUGUUCAAAAGCAAAGCCUUAAUUUUUAUAGAUACGAAAAUACAAAAAUACAAACACACACAACACAUAUACACUCAGUUGAACAAAGAAAAAUAAAUGUACAAACGAAAAAAUGAAUUCAAGAACUUUACACACAGAUACAAAGAAAACAAAAAAAAAACAAAGCAACAAGCAAAAACAAAGUGCAAUCGAAAAUAUAAUAAUUAAAUUUUUAACAUUUGUUAAUUUAUACAAGGAAAGAAAAAGGAAAAAAAAAAACAAAAAGUUGCUCAUACAUAACAAUCCGUUGCAAUAGGGAAAAGCGCUGAUUAUUUUUUAUUUUACACAUCUGAUAUUAAGCAUAUAACUAUACGAAACUAAUGCUUACUAAACCUAUUCGGCGUUUUGCAGAAAUACUCUUUCCUAACGAAAUUAUUAUUCAUCAGCUUUGAUUAAAUUGUUGUCUUUGAAAUUGAUAUCUAAUGACUUGCCAGCUGAAACUAAUUCCUUUGCAUUGUUUUUGAGUAAAUAUUUAUGAAACGUUUGAACGCCGUUUGCGAAAGAGUAUUUGUUUCCUUGUUCUCCUGUGCCACCAUUAUAUGAUUAUAUAUCACCAAAAUCUCCGAGAGCGUGUUGAAAAAAUGUUGACCUUUCUGUUUGCAUUCUCCCCUAUUGAAUUUGAGCGAUCCACUUACUAAAACACACACACAAAACUGUCGCGUCUUUAAGAUAUUCUUACGUAUAAUAAUUCGAUGUAUUCUUUAUGCCGUAUACUUUACCUGUAAUUCCUAAUUUAACUUAUUUAACUUGUAAUUUGUGUGUUUCAUUUUGCUUAAAUUCUAUGAGAUUUUGGCGGAUCUCGUACGUUGUAGUAUUUAUAAGUUUUAAAAUUAGUUUGUAAAAUGCGUUUCAAACAAAAAAAAAGCGAAAACAAUACAAAACAAAUAAGAACUCAACACAAAAACAAAAAACAAGUAGCAGUGGAAGAUUGAGUGUCUUCUAAACAUGAUUGAUUGAUUUCAAUAAUGAUUGCUAACUGAUAGAUAGACGAUGACUUUUUGCCAUACCUAAAUGUUAAAUGGAAAUAUUUGUGAAUUUUUCUAUCUUUGCUUCUCGUCUGCAUUUUUGGCGCAGGCCAGAACAAGAAGAAUUAAAAAUGAUAACAGUGAACGGCGACGAAACUGAAUGUAAAACGAAUUGCAAA